AUGCUAAAAAAUGGUGCUAAACCGAGUGCAGUGGCUUAUAAUACUGUGGUCGCUAGUUGUGCGAAAGCAGGCGAACUCGGUGACGCGUUGGAUGUGUUGAAAGAAUUGACAAGUGCCGGGUGUGAUCCACAUGUUACAACAUGCACAUCUCUCAUAUCUGCUUUCGGACGGAAGGGCCAGUGGGAAGAAGCUGUCAAUCUGUUCCAUGACAUGGAACGUGCAGGUGUUGUACGCGAUACGGUUAACUAUAAUGCUACUAUUUCAGCAUGCGAUAAGGGAUAUCAGUGGCAAAAAGCCUUGGAUCUGUUUUAUGAGAUGGAAGCCAAGG